AUGUCAUUCAUACAGAACCAUUUUAAUCCUUCGGGAGUACCAACAAUCAGGUCAGCAAGGGUUUUCAGAAGAAAUCCGGAUAGUAAUCCUUCGUCUCCUAUCUCAAAAAACUCAGCAAAAUCGACAUUUCCUAUUCAACAGCAACAGCAACAACAGCAAGUGUCCAACCAUCGAGAUAUUAGGACCUAUGCGGAACAGACGCUCGGAUCCGGCUCGGCAUUGGCCCAAGCGGUGAAAUUACCACAAGACGAAGACCUCAAUGAAUGGCUUGCAGUGCAUGUUGUGGAUUUCUACAAUCAGAUUAACAUGCUAUAUGGUACUAUCACCGAAUUUUGCUCGCCUUCAAGCUGUCCAAGAAUGAUAGCCACACAGGAAUACGAAUACUUGUGGCAAGAUCCAAUGAGCAGAAAUAGCAAACAACCAAUAUCUAUGAGUGCGCCUGGUUAUGUUGAAGCUCUAAUGGUCUGGAUUCAAGGUUUCUUAGACGAUGAUAGUAUUUUCCCUACGAAAAUGGGGGUUUCAUUUCCCAGACAAUUUCCAGCUUUGGUCAGAACGAUCAUGAAGAGGCUCUUCCGCGUCUAUGCACACAUGUAUUGUCAUCACUUUGAUGAGAUCAAUGAGUUAGGUCUACAAACUCACCUGAACACCUCUUUGAAGCAUUUUGUGCUAUUCUGUUCAGAGUUUCAAUUAUUAACGGCGAAGGACUAUGGUCCAUUGGAUGAGCUUGUUGCAAAGAUGCUUGAUGAUACUGAUAAAGUUUAA